CAAGACCUGCCCCUUUUUCAAUUCAUCAGACACAUACAGACGCGAAGUCACAGUCAACUACAAAACUCGUACAAGAGUGGUAUUAUUUCAAAGCUGUUUGUUUCAUACUACUUAAAAAAUAAAUCAAGUACCAUUUAGCUGUAGUUUCAGGGAAAUAAUAUUUUGUAUUUAUUUAUUUACAGUACCACACUAAAGUUUUCUGAUACUGUUUCAUUUAAAUAGUUUUGAAAGGCAUGGACCGAGGAGAGGUUUAUGGGUUAAAGUCCCAGAUGGGGAUGAUGGAAGAGGAGUUCUAUUCGUGUGACUUGGACGCUGAAGAUCUGUUUGGGGACGUCGAUCCCAACGAGCUUCUCGCUAGCCUGAAACAGAAAGAACAAGAGCUGAUUCUGGCAGCGCAGCUGGGCUCUGCACUUCUGUCAGAAAACAGGCAUUUAAAAGAGCAGAACAACAAACUGCGCGAAGAAUAUAGCGACAGGCUUGAGGAGCUGGAACAGGGGAAGCACACACUGCAGGUCAAGUUUAAGGCACAGCAGGCAGAGUGGGAGAGCCAGGUGUGCGAGCUGGAGAAGGAUGUGAAGGAGCUGAACAGACAGGUGGAGAGGCUGAGCGAGAGCCUGGACCAAGCGAAGAAGGACAAGAGCCGGAGCGUACAGGACUGCAGUGAGCAGAACCAGAGACUGAUGGAAGAACUCAACAAGGCGGUGCAGGCCGAGAGGAGCCUCACAGCUGAGCUGCAAACCCUGAAGAACGAGUUCCAGAAGAAGAACCGCUCCCUGGACCAGGAGGAGACUGUGCUCCACAUGCUGAAGGAGGAGGUGAUUUUGCUGUCCAAGCAGAAGCUAGCCCUGGAGCAGAGGAUUAAUACUGUGAGUCUGGAGGAUGAAGCUCUGCAAGGUAGUCCGAGUUCCCUAAGGGCACAGAUCACAGCACUGGAGAGCCGAAGCCAGGAGCAAGCCCUGCAGCUGCGAGAGUCUGCGCAGGAGCUGGAGGCAGCGCGGGAGGUGAGCAGGCAGCUGCAGCUGCAAGUGGAGGAGCUCCAGGAGGAGGUGUGUCUGCAGGACCACAGCCAGUCCCUGCACAACCUCUCCCUGCAGUCUGAGAUCGAGCAGAGCCUGGAGAACGAGAGCUGGGACCGCGAGAAGGAGCAGAUUGCCAGAGAAAUCCAUUGCAUUCGGGAGCAGCUCCAAACAGUGGUUGAUUUGGAGACGUCGGAGAGCCCAGCAGACCGUGUCUGCCAGUCUGCCAGCCUGCACAUAGCGCUGUCUCAGCUCAGCCAGCUAGCUCAGACACUGGCACGGACACACUCAUCCCAGGAACUGAAGCAGAGCGGUGUCUCUCAACAGCAGAAUCCUCGUGAGAACCAGGGUUUAAUACAGGAGCUGCACUCUCAGAACGACCAGCUCAGAAAAGAGAAUUCGGAGCUGAAAGAACGUCUGGAGACAAACCAAGCCGAAAGGCAAUUGCAACAAGCCAUUCGGGACAGGGAUGAAGCCAUUACAAAGAAGAAUGCCAUGGAGUCAGAACUGCUUAAGAGCAGGAAUGACAUGAUGUUGCUGAACAAUCAGCUGCUGGGAGCGAUCCAGCGCAAGUUAGAGCUGUCCCAGGAGCUGGAGGCCUGGCAGGACGACAUUCAGAUGGUGAUCAGCCAGCAGCUCAAGAGCCAGCAGCAGCGUGACGAGAGGAAACAGCAGCCAGCCAACAGCGCCGCCCCGCUGGCUUUCCUGCGCCGGACCAGCAGACUCAACACUGACAAGAAGAGUUUCUUCUCUCUCUUCAGGACCUGAGCCCCCAGUCCCGACCCGACCCAACCCGGGGAACGAGGGGCGAACCCACAGAGACUGAGUUAACCUUCUGGACAACAAGGGAGGGGUCAGCCUAGGCCCAGACGAGACACAACUGCAGUGAUGCAUUCUGGGAAGUACUACGCCAAUAAGUCAUUGACCGUUUCUAAUAUGAAGGGCUAGCAGUGUGUCAGUACUGCUCCGGCAAAACUGGCAAUUAAGAAGAACCAAAACCUUGAAAUGUUUGACAUCAGAUUACCCAACAUUUUUAAACUCACCGAUUUCCAAUUACUGGUGACCAGUUCAUAGUAGUGGUUCAUGUAUUUAUUACCUUUAUUAAUGAUCUGCUGAAAAAUGAUACAGCUUUCAUUAAGCUAGAAAAGAUUUUUAAAUUUUUAUUUUUUUUUUUACAGCAGAUUUACGUGCAGUGUUUGACUUAUGUUCAUGCAAGUUGCUAACGACAAUGGAAAACUACAGCAAUAUUCCAGAUCAUUAAGCUAACAACAGGACAUAUUCUGUUUUAAAGUGUGUAUAUAUUUUUUUAUAUUAAAUCGGUGGUUACAUGUUAUUUAAUAUGUAAAUAUAAAGUUAAAAGAAACAUAAUGCUGUGUAAAGGUGCACUGUAAGAACAGGGUUUUUUUUUCUGUUCUGGCUGUAGCUAUAAUAAAGAUCAGUACAGAAGACUUGCUGUAACUGUUACUGCCAUCUGCAAAGCAAUCAGAUCCAGCUGCAGAAGCUUAGUGUCAAUUAUUAUUGUUCUUCCUUUCAUGUGCAAGAAACAGGGACCAAUGUGACGUGCAGAAGACUCACAGUAACUGUUACAAUCGGCUUCAAUGUGACGUGCAGAAGACUCACUGUAACUGUUACAAUCAGCUUCAAUGUGACGUGCAGAAGACUCACUGUAACUGUUACAAUCGGCUUCAAUGUGACGUGCAGAAGACUCACUGUAACUGUUACAAUCAGCUUCAAUGUGACAUGCAGAAGACUCACUGUAACUGUUACAAUCAGCUUCAAUGUGACGUGCAGAAGACUCACUGUAACUGUUACAAUCGGCUUCAAUGUGACAUGCAGAAGACUCACUGUAACUGUUACAAUCAGCUUCACUGUGACGUGCAGAAGACUUACUGUAACUGUUACAAUCGGCUUCAAUGUGACGUGCAGAAGACUCACUGUAACUGUUACAAUCGGCUUCAAUGUGACGUGCAGAAGACUCACUGUAACUGUUACAAUCGGCUUCAAUGUGACGUGCAGAAGACUCACUGUAACUGUUACAAUCGGCUUCAAUGUGACGUGCAGAAGACUCACUGUAACUGUUACAAUCAGCUUCAAUGUGACGUGCAGAAGACUCACUGUAACUGUUACAAUCGGCUUCAAUGUGACGUGCAGAAGACUCACUGUAACUGUUACAAUCAGCUUCAAUGUGACGUGCAGAAGACUCACUGUAACUGUUACAAUCGGCUUCAAUGUGACGUGCAGAAGACUCACUGUAACUGUUACAAUCGGCUUCAAUGUGACAUGCAGAAGACUCACUGUAACUGUUACAAUCGGCUUCAAUGUGACAUGCAGAAGACUCACUGUAACUGUUACAAUCAGCUUCACUGUGACGUGCAGAAGACUUACUGUAACUGUUACAAUCGGCUUCAAUGUGACAUGCAGAAGACUCACUGUAACUGUUACAAUCAGCUUCAAUGUGACGUGCAGAAGACUCACUGUAACUGUUACAAUCGGCUUCAAUGUGACAUGCAGAAGACUCACUGUAACUGUUACAAUCAGCUUCACUGUGACGUGCAGAAGACUUACUGUAACUGUUACAAUCGGCUUCAAUGUGACGUGCAGAAGACUCACUGUAACUGUUACAAUCAGCUUCAAUGUGACGUGCAGAAGACUCACUGUAACUGUUACAAUCGGCUUCAAUGUGACAUGCAGAAGACUCACUGUAACUGUUACAAUCAGCUUCACUGUGACGUGCAGAAGACUUACUGUAACUGUUACAAUCGGCUUCAAUGUGACAUGCAGAAGACUCACUGUAACUGUUACAAUCAGCUUCACUGUGACAUGCAGAAGACUCACUGUAACUGUUACAAUCAGCUUCAAUGUGACGUGCAGAAGACUCACUGUAACUGUUACGAUCGGCUUCACUGUGACGUGCAGAAGACUUACUGUAACUUACAAUCAGCUUCAAUGUGAAGUACAGUUGUGGAACAUGCCAAAUAUUUUGGUGUAUAACAGUAUAUUGAGCUUUGUGUCAAUGCGUUUUUUUCAGUUUGACAGAUUGUUCUGGGUGCUUAGUCACAAAUUAUAAACAUUUGUAAAUUCUG